UCUCGGGCAUUGGAGAGCAGUCAAAGUGAACCUAAUGUGCUUCAAUCUGCUGCAUUUGCUUCUGCAUGUCUGUCACUGCGUUCUCUAGUCUAUCCUUCCCCUUCCCCAAGCAUAUUCACCACGUCGGUUGAAUGCCGGGCGUCCAUCAACACCUCUUUACUACUAUACGGGGCCGGCGACCACCCACCCUUAGUAGUCCUUCCCGCCUCAUCCUUUCCAGAGAAACUAUCUGCCCAUCAUCGACGAUCAAUCGUCCUCACUCCAACCUCUUUCCAGCCUACCGAAGACCAAGAUGCUAGCAGAUGCCGAUAUAACCGCUUUGGACAGCCACCUAGGCACCAUUGUCCGUGAAAACCAACAACACCAUGACAACCUGCAAAGCUUGCUCUCGAAGUUCCAAGAGCUGCUCGAAAGCUACAACAAUUUGAAGAGUGAUUACGAGGAGGAAAAAGAGGGGCGAGAGCGUUACAAACGAUUGGCGAGGGGGCAGGAACGAAAUCCGUUUGUGUUGGUCCUAGUCGACGGUGAUGGCUACCUGUUUAAAGAACACCUGAUCAAAGCUGGAAGUGAUGGAGGUAUCACGGCUGCUCGACUCAUGCAUGACUCCAUUCGCGAGCUACUACACGACCGCCUUGGGAGUCAGGCGGACCAAUGUCGGAUCAUGGUUCGCAUCUAUGCCAACGUCCUGGGUUUAUCUAAGGCACUCGCACGCUCCGGACUUGUGGGCCAUGAAGCCCGAUCGCUAUCGCCCUUUGUAGCCAACCUGACGAGCUCCCAAGAUUUGUUCGACUUUGCUGAUGCAGGGGACAAGAAAGAAGCGGCGGACUACAAGAUAAGAGAAAUGUUUCGGAUGUUUGCUGACAAUAACCAAUGCAAGCAUAUUUUUUUCGCCGGGUGCCACGAUGCCGGGUACCUAAACUUAUUAACCCCCUACCGGGGACGAACAGAUCGUAUCACCCUUCUUAAAGCGGCCGGAUUCCACAACCAGUACAAUGCUCUAAACUUGCCGGUCAGAGAACUUCCGGAGGUCUUCAUGUCGACACCCUUCGCUGGUGUUCACGCAAGGGAGCCUCCAAGUCAAACUCAGAUUCAAUCCCAGAUCAUACCGCCCUCGCCUACCCGUCCGGUCUGUAAGCAUUAUCAAAAGGGCAUUUGCAGGUAUGGAAGCACAUGCAUCAAGCUCCACGUACAACCGAAUCAUCAGAUAUCUAAAGUCCCCGACGAUACUACAUCAAUCUUUGACCGAGAAAACGCAUCCCCAUCCCGAACUCACGAAUACUAUGUAGCCAAUCUGCCCGCCACUACAGACUCGGCCUAUGGAACUCGUGUGCCUAUUAACAAGACUGGAGACCGCAUCGACACCUACUGCGCCGCACCCUCGCCUGAUGCGCGGGAUCAGUACUCUCGUCGUGCCAGAUACCACCGGCCUUGUAACAACUUUCACUUGGCCGGAUACUGUGAUACUAUAAAUUGCGAAUUUGACCAUAGCCCCAUCGAUUCCAACAGCCGUAGUGUGAUGACCUACAUUCUACGCCAGCACCCGUGUGGCGCCGGUCUCUCUUGCCGAUCAAUGAAGUGUUUCCUUGGCCAUCACUGUCAGAAAGACGGAUGUCGGGGCACCAAACCAUGUAGAUUUAACAGGCAUGCUCAUAUGCUGGACCUGCAAAUUGCCAAGUGGGUUCCAGCCUUGGAGAAAGAAGACGUUGUCGCAUCCUCCGCGAGCGAUGCAUCAGAAGAAGCUAGUCCGGUCGAUUCCGACAACACCUUCGCAUAUUCGACCAACGAUAUACUGUCUUGCAGCGCUGAAUGAUCCAUUGGGAUCUGUCCACUGAGAUUCGACACUACACCCGAGACUGGAACGAUCGUAAUGGAGACAAAGGUAUUAACACACAGAUGAAAUCAUCAACUACGCCGCCUGCAUUAGGUCGUUCUAGAAUUAAUAUGUAAACCAGAUUACCUCAGGUACAUGGAGGUAAUAUUGCGAUAGCCCACAUUUGAGCAUGAAUGAAAUUGUUC